GCACGCCGACGGCUCGCCGACGGCACGCCGACGAGGAGACGAGACGGGGUGCGAGUCGAGUCGAGACGACCGUCGACUGCGCGCCACUCUGAAAGUGAUGGAAGCCACGGGCCGGCACGCGUGUGGCACGCGCGGCGCUGGCUGGCAGCGGGCCGACUGCACCUAGGCCCUGGGGCGCCCUGGGGCUAGGGCCGCGCGACAGCGCCGAGGACGCUCUCCGAGGACCAAGUCUCCGAGGACGAGGCCAGCUAGGGCAGGUCGGGCGUGGUCCACGAGGCCCUCGCCCCAGCCAUGUCCGACCCCGACGCCAACUUCGACGAUGAGGAGCUGGUGUCGUCCUCCCCGACGCAGCGCAACUGGCGCGGCAUCCUCAUCGCGCUGCUGGUCAUCAUGGCCGUGCUGGCCCUCAUCGUGACGUCCGUGGUGCUACUCACGCCGCCCGACGAGGGGCCCCGGGUGCGCGGCGCCAGGUUCAAGCUGUCGCAGGUGCUCGGCCAGGACUUCACCCCGCUGCGGUUCAACGGCACGUGGAUCUCUGACGAGGAGUUGGUGCUGCUGGACCAGUACGGCGGCCUGAGCGUCCUGAACGCGCGCAACCUGAGCACCACGGUCCUUAUCAGCAACCAGACCUUGAAACGACUCAACCCCUCCAAGAUCCUCGUGUCGCCGGACCACAAGUACGUGCUGCUGGGGUACAAUGUCCAGAAGCUCUUCCGCUACUCGUUCCUGGCGCAGUACACCAUCUACAACAUCGCGACGGGCGACCUGGUGCCGCUGUCGCCCUCCGAGAAGCCGUCCGCGCCGCCGCCCCCGCACGCCGCCACGGGCCCGCUGGGCAGCGCGGGCAGCGCCCACGGCCCGCCGUUCCUGCUGGACGCGGCCUGGGCGGGCCGCGGCAGCGCGCUGCUCAUGGUGUACGACUACGACAUCUACUACAAGCCGAGCGCCAACGCCAGCCGCGCGUACCGCAUCACCAACACGGCCGUGCCCGGCGUCAUCUGCAACGGCGUCCCGGACUGGCUGUACGAGGAGGAGAUCCUGCGCGGCCGGACGGCGAUGUGGAUGUCGGAGGGCGGCCACUCGGUGCUGUUCGCCACGUUCAACGACACCCUGGUGGAGGAGAUGAAGAUCCCCUGGUACGGCACGCUGGACGAGGAGAGGCAGUACCCCGACAUCCGCAGCCUGCGCUACCCCAAGCCCGGAACACCGAACCCGAUCGUUACUCUCAGGGUCGCCAACUUGACGGUGCCUUCUGACAUCCGCACCCGGGACCUGGAGCCGCCCCUCGCCUUCGGCUUCAAUAGGGACUACUACCUGUCCGCCGCCACCUGGCUCAGCUCCACCGAGGUGUCCGUCGUCUGGAUGAACCGGCCGCAGAACCUCACCAUCAUCUCGAUCUGCAAGAGCCCCACCUGGGCGUGCGUCGAGACGCAGCGCGUCUCCAACGAGGGCCGCGGCUGGGUGGACGCGCAGCCGCCGCCGCUGUUCGCGCCCGACGGCAACAACUACGUCACCAUGGCCCCGGUGCGCGACGGCAUGGCGGGCUUCUACCGCCACAUCGUGCACGUCAACAUCACCCGGAAGCGUGUCGUGCCGCUCACGCACGGCAAGUUCGAGGUGGCGCGCAUCCUCGCCUGGGACCACCAGCACCAACUGGUUUACUACCUCGGCGUCCCGGAGGGCAGGCCCGGCCAGAUGCACCUGUACUACGUGCGGUCCGCCGCGCUGGCGCAGGGCGAGGCCGCCCCCGCCCCCAAGUGCCUGACCUGCUCGCCGGAGACGCCGCGCAGCGAGACGGGCCUGAGCAGCUACUACAGCCAGGCGGCCACGGACACGGCGCGCACCGAGGACACCGGCCAGGACGACUGGGACGACGUGGACCACUCCACCGAGCCGCCUGUCACCACGCAGCAGCCCACCAGGAAGGAGAAGAAGUCCGCACCCACGCCGCCCAUCGAGGAGAUGCUGAUGCGGCCGUGCCUGUACCACAACGCCGUGUUCAGCCCGCGCCUGUCCUUCUUCGUGCUGGAGUGCAAGGGGCCGGGCAUCCCCAACGCGCGCCUCUUCUCCACGCGCAGCGUCAAGGGCGCGCACAACCACACGGACGACGAGGCCACGCCGCUCUACCUGUCCACGCUGCAGAACAACACGCGGCUGCAGGAGCAGGCCUGGCGCAUGGCGCUGCCGCAGGUCAAGACGUUCCCCGUGCAGAUCUCGGGCGGCUACUACGCGCAGGUGCGCCUGCACCUGCCGCCGGGGCUGCGCGAGGAGGAGAUCACCCGCUACCCGCUCGUCGUGCAGGUGUACGGCGGCCCGGGCACGCAGCUGGUGACGGAGAAGUGGCGCGUGGACUGGAGCACGUACCUGGCCUCCAACAGGGACUUCAUCGUGGCGCAGAUCGACGGCAGGGGCUCCGGCGGCCAGGGCUACAAGUUCAUGCACGAGGUCUACCAACAGCUGGGCACGGUGGAAGUCAACGAUCAGCUGGAGGUCACCGAGUACCUCCGCGACACACUGCACUUCGUGGACAAGCGGCGCGUGGGCGUGUGGGGGUGGAGCUACGGCGGCUUCGUCUCCGCCAUGCUGCUGGCCAAGGAGCAGGACGUGUUCCGCUGCGGCAUCAGCGUGGCGCCCGUCGCCUCGUGGAAGCUGUACGACUCGGCGUACGCGGAGCGCUACAUGGGCGUGCCCAACGUCACCGGCAACUACAAGGGCUACAACGACGCGGACCUGACGCGCCGCGCCGACGGCUUCCGCGGCAGCGACAAGAUGUUCUACCUGGUGCACGGCUCGGCCGACGACAACGUGCACUUCCAGCACUCGAUGAUGCUGGCGCGCGCGCUCACGGGGUCGGGCGUGCUCUUUCGGCAGCAGGUCUACCCGGACGAGAACCACAGCCUGUUCGGCGUGAAGCGCCACCUGUACCGGUCCAUGGCCAACUUCAUGGACGACUGCUUCCGGAAGCUGGUGCCUCCGGAGCGCAAGGCUGGCCUCCGGAACGGCGGCGCCCCCGGCGAGCAGUGAGGACAGCGUCGUCUUCCUCUUCCCCCCUUCGUAGGACUACCGUAGCUCCACUCUCUCUUCUCACACGUAGCCGUCUUCCUGAGCGAGGACACACUUUUCCUCCCUUCACCGCGCGGCUGGACGGGCGCGCCCUCCGC